UUAUUUCUUCUUGUGCAGGUUGAUAAGUCACAGUACAACAUUCUAGCAAAUCUGUAUCCAGAUCAGGCCCCAUACACUGUGUGUAACUCUUCCUUGUCAGAAUAUGCAGUACUUGGCUUUGAACUUGGCUUUUCCAUGACCAAUCCUAAUGCACUUGUAAUCUGGGAGGCUCAGUUUGGUGAUUUCAACAACACUGCUCAGUGUAUCAUUGAUCAGUUCAUAUCAUCUGGCCAGUCAAAAUGGAUUCGCCAGUCUGGAUUAGUCUUGUUGCUUCCACAUGGCAUGGAAGGCAUGGGACCUGAACACUCAAGUGCACGACUCGAACGAUUCCUUCAGAUGACUGCAGAUGAUCCUGAUAUCUUGCCUGCUUUCACUGAGGACUUUGCUAUUCGCCAGCUAUCAGAUAUCAAUUGGAUAAUAGCCAACUGUUCCACCCCUGCAAACUAUUUCCACAUUUUACGGCGACAGAUUGCUCUUCCUUUCCGUAAACCUUUGAUUUUGAUGACCCCGAAGUCACUCCUCAGGCAUCCUGAUGCCAAGUCGUCUUUUGAUGAAAUGACUGAAAAGUCUGAAUUCCAAAGAGUGAUUCCUGAAAGAGGCCCAGCUUCUGAAAAUCAUCAAAAUGUCAAACGAGUAAUCUUCUGCUCCGGUAAGGUGUAUUAUGACCUCAUAGCUGCUCGUAAGGAUGCUAACCUGGAAGACAAAAUAGCUAUCUCAAGAGUUGAACAGAGCAUGGCGUUCAAUUCCUCCAAGACACUACAUGCUAACUGUGGCCAUGGCAACCAGGCCAAGGAUCACACCUCUGGAGUGGAUUCAAAGGUUAUCUCCGCUGAUGAGACAGUUCACUAG